CAAUUCCGCUGGCUUUGUUUCUCUCACCUCCAUCGUUCAAAAUCAUCCUGCGUUGUCCUCUCGUCUCUCUCCACAAUCCUCGUGUCUGUUCAGAAUCCGGUCGAUUUCCUUGUACAUAAUCCGAUUCUUCUUCUUCUUCUUCUUCUUCGUCGUCUUCUACUUUUGAGGAUUCGGAGCUUUGAAGAUUUUACAUUCGUUUCCGAUUCGCAGAAUUUGUUGGAUGGUUGCCGGUCCCUCUUCGAAGAAUGAGUAACCGUGCUUAUGAACUUGGCAGACCUGCCUCAGAAACUCAUUGUUGCCAUUACCGUUCAUGCCCCUUUUCCAAGCACUUUCUCCGUCUUCAUUUUCUGAGCUUGGGAAUGAAGGGAUUAGAGGACCCAUUGAUAAUUCGGUCCAUGAGGGAUGAUACCCUAGAAGGCAAGAGAAUAAUAAAGGAUCUAUUAAAUCAGAGUGAUAACCGCUCUUGUGCCGAUUGCGGUGCUCCUGAUCCUAAAUGGGCGUCAUCAAAUAUUGGAGUUUUCAUAUGUUUAAAAUGUUGUGGAGUGCACAGAAGUUUGGGAACUCACAUCUCGAAGGUUUUGUCUGUGACACUGGAUGAUUGGUCUGAUGAUGAGAUUGAUGCCAUGAUUGAAGUCGGAGGGAAUUCUUCUGCAAAUUCAAUUUAUGAGGCAUUUAUUCCUGAAGGAGUUAAAAAACCUGGACCAGAUGCUAGUCAUGAGGAACGAACGAGAUUUAUCAGAUCCAAGUAUGAGCUUCAAGAAUUUUUGAAGCCUAGCUUACGAAUUGCUUCAAGGCCAUCCGAAAGGGGCACUCUUCAAUCAAGUUUUUCUCGGAAGAUUAUGGAUAGCUUCAGAAGUUCAAAUUCAUCAAAGAAAUCUGAAGGCAUGGUAGAGUUUAUUGGUUUAUUGAAGGUGAAAGUAAUAAACGGGACAAAUUUAGCCAUCAGAGAUAUGCUAUCUAGUGAUCCUUAUGUUGUCCUGAAUCUGGGGCCGCAGACAGCUCAAACUAAUGUAGUGAAGAGCAACUUGAAUCCAGUUUGGAAUCAGGAACUCAUGCUCUCCGUUCCUCAGGAUUUUGGGCCUCUAAAGUUGCGGGUAUUUGAUCAUGACACGUUUUCAGCUGAUGACAUCAUGGGCGAGGCAGAGGUGGAUCUCCAACCUAUGAUAACAUCUGCAAUGGCGUUUGGAGAUGCUGGGAUGUUCGGAGACAUGCAGAUUGGAAAGUGGCUCAAAUCUCAUGACAAUGCCCUCAUAACGGACAGCACGGUCAACAUAGUUGAUGGGAAAGUGAAGCAGGAGGUCUCGCUUAAGCUUCAGAAUGUCGAAUCUGGAGAGAUAGAGCUAGAAUUAGAAUGGAUGCCCCUUGACCAAUAGGUAUACUUGAAUGAUUAUUUUAACCUCAUUAUUCGAAAUAAAACUUUAACAGCACUUAUUCAUUUUGUAUCGAGUGGUUGGUUCUACGUGCUUGCCUUAAUAUUUAUUUUGCUUAAUUCCUUCAUUUAAAUUCCGAAGACCACCUUCGUUAUUUGAUUUUGGCUUUUCCUGUUCAGCUUUUAGGUUGGUCAAUUGGGGGGAUGCCUGACUAAUUUUCUUUUGUAACAGAAGUUUGGAUUGAGAAGAUUCUAAGUAAGAAAGUUUAAGGUUCGUAGGCCAGUCUUCCAAUUA